AUGUUGUCAAUAAUACUUCUAUUAUCAACAUUACUUGGCGAGGUCUCGGCUUUUAGUUUAACACCUGAUUCAUCAUACUUUUUAGUUCUUCAACCCCUACAACGUAAUGCAAAAAUAUCCAUCAUACCAAUUACAAGCUUUUGGUACACGGAAAACGGGUGGACGACAAACUCAACUUUUAUUACAUCCGACUUUGAAACGAAGCGUUAUUGCAUUUCCCUUUCAUGCAAUAAUCCUGAAAACGUUAGCGUGGAGUGCUUCAAUUAUGCUACAGUUGGCCCAAGAACUAGAGGGGUACUUCAAAUUGAACAGAAUUCCGCUCUAGGAGUGGAAUCAGUGGCUUUUUUGCAAACACCCGGAAACCCCAAAGAUGGAAAAAACAGCCGGAAAAGCGCCCCUAUCAAAGUUUUUGUGAAAAGCACCCAAAUGCUACCGAAUGUGGACUUUUCUAGUGUGAAAAAUAUUGUAAAAGCUGAUCAGAAGAGAGAAAAAGCGUACAGCAAAAAGAGUAAAAGCUCGAAGAGUAAGGGUAGUGAGGAGAAAAAUGAUGACGAUGACAAGAACUUCAUACAAAAAUAUUGGAUGUACAUACUAGCGGCCUUAAUUUUGUUUGUCGCCCCAAAGUAA